AUGGAACGAUCAGAUAGACCCUCGGGGUCGUCCAUACCUCGCGGCUUGCCCGAGAAUCCCGCUCAGGGUCGACGGCAACUCCAGAAAGAUGUCGCGCUGGGCAACAUUCCUCCGCCUCCCCCUCUUCCGCCAAUGCCCAAAGACCUCCGAAAUCUCUCUACCGGUGCGACCCUCACCGCAUCUGCGCCCAUGACCUCAGCACAGGUCAUCGCUCUUGCCCGCGACGCGAUGCAGAGCGCCCUCCACGAGAACGAGUCGCAGGCCGCCGAGGCAAGCGCCGUCAGUACCGAGUUGAAACCGGGUGUCACCAUCGACCUGAGUCGCAAGGGCAUUCAGAAACUCCCUGACGAGGUUGUUGAUAUCAUUAAAAACGAGUUGGAGCGCCUCGCCCUCUCGCACAACCAAGUCACCUCCUUUCCGACUCGCUUCGCCGAAUGCACAUCUCUCCGAUACCUGAACGUCAGAAACAACCAGAUUCGAGAGUUUCCAUUGCCGCUCUGCGAUCUAAAAUCACUCGAGAUUCUCGAUCUGAGCAAGAACAAACUACGCACUUUACCCCCUGACAUUGUCAAGCUUGCCUCCUUGAAAGUGUUCUCCGUCCAGAAGAACCGCAUCGAGGAGUUGCCAUUGGCCUUGGCCGACAUGGUCUCCCUGCAGGUGCUCAAGUUCGACGGCAACCCGAUCACGUUCCCGCCUCGUGAGGUCCUGCAGGUGCAGGCAAGUAGCCCCCCGAACGAGGGCUAUCUAAAGGAAAGCGAGGUUACGGAGGUGGCCGUUACUGCACACAUCAAGCGCUUUCUGAGGCAGCACAGCUUGAAUGGCCGUGCGGAAUCAGACACGACCGGAGAAGAAUCCAGCGAAGGCAUGGAAACCCCUCGCAUGCCCCCGAUCAAGCGCGUCGUCAGUGGCCGUUUUCCAAUCAAAGUCAAUGGCACUGAUGUUCCCGAUCUUCGAUCUCCAAACCUAAUUCGGCCCCCCCCCAUUCCAAAUCGAUCCCAUUACCGAGGCUUGUCGCAGCAGAACACGGCUAUUCGUCGGCCAGGUGUCAUGCCUCUAACCAUAGGAAAUGUCAAUGAGCGCCUUCGGAGCAAUUCAGAGACGCUGCUGCAGGCGAAUCGCGGAGAGCGUCCCGAAUCCCGAGCAAGACGCAUGGGCGUUGUAAAUCAAAAGGCCACUCAGCUCGGUACCUUGGAUGAGACGCAGGCAAACAAUCGCUUUAGUCACUACAGAGGCCUGAGCCAUGGCUCGGCGAUGCAGCCACCGCCGGCAGGCAUGUCGGUCAAAAGUCCCAACAGCCCGGCCGAGCCCUUUUUGCAGCGCCCCAUCUACGUCCGGCGACUCUCAGUGCUGCCUGAGCGAAGACGCGAGUCCAAGGUGUACGAUCCCAUCCUAGAGGCUGCCAAGGGCAUCCUCUAUGCCGUCUUCCAGAUCCACCCAAUGAUUCAGAUGCUCAUGAGCUUGACAAGCGACGGCUCUUCAAAGAGAUCUAGCCUUGAGAUUGUCUUCUACAACACGAAUUCGCACGUGGAGGAGUUGGAGCAGGAAAUCCAAAAGCAUGAUCCUGGCGCUGAGGGAUAUGAGAUGGCUGGACGCGAGAACGAGAACGUUCACCGAGCCUGCCAGACUCUGGUCGGUGCCUACACCCACGUCUGCACUUUGCUUGCUGGUAAUAUUGACUCGUUCAUCGACAACGGAGACCCGCGCUACAUUCGCACCCUGUUGAUGCUCAUCUAUAAUAGCAUUAUGGAGAUUAGAUGCACACUUGCUGCGCUCUCGCCUGACGCCGGCCCUGCAAAGCCUACCCCGCGAGCCAUGACCUUGGGCGACACGGUCAAGCCUCACUCGCGGGAGAACUCCGUUACGCCUACCGCUGAGCGGCUUGGACUGGCCCAGCGACCCCGACCAGGCCCGAUUCUCCAUAACCCAAGCAACCUGAGAGUAGCAACAGACGUACCACUCCCUUAUAUCAAUGGGAUGAACGGGAUGAACGGCGUCGCUUCCAGUCGCACAGCGACACUCGCCUCGGCAACACCUCGAUCCGGAGAGUCUUUCAUCUCCGCUUCGUCAGGCGGACGCGGCAUAUCUGACUUCACAGAAGAUGACAGACACUUUGAGAAGAUCUUCUUGUCACUUCAGCGAUCGUCCGAGCUCGUCAUGAGGACUUUGCCCAUGUUCCAGAACCACAUGUCGGUCCUCGCGAAGAAAGCAAUGGGACGUCGCGCUACGGAUCACGAAAUGGCGUGCUGGAAGGGGCUCAUUUCGAGGUGUAGCACCGCGGUACAGCAGACUGAGAUGCUGCGCAGCCGCCUUUCGUUGGUCAAGCUCAAGGAACCUGGUAUUAUGAGUCAACCGGCCUUCAGAAGCUUGAUUAGCAACUUUAUAGAUUCGUGGGCGGAAUUCGGCACCCAGAUCCGCUUUGCGUUCAACGAAGUCAGUCUUCCGCCUGAUACCAGGGUCAGACUUCGGCCUAUCCAGCAGGCUAUGAAGGAAGCAAGAGAUACCAUUAUCCAGUCGCCCUGGAGCUAUCUAUUGCGACAGUCUUCGAAUCCGAACACCUUCAGCCCCAACGGUGGCCCGGGCUUGGCACCCAUGCAACUGCCGAUGACGCCCCAAAGCGCGGCUUUGGGACCCGCCGUUCAGGCAACAGUCCCAUCUACUCCCCAAAGCGCUUCUUUUGCGGCGGCAUUCAACGGCAACGUCUUUGAGCGAGCCGAUGCCCUUAUCAAUAUGGGCGGGCUUUCAAUGUCUCGAAACGGUACGAUGACAAACAGCUCGGCCGCUAGUUUCACCAUGUCUUCCAUGUCAUCUUACUCGUCUGACGGAGGAGCCAUGACACCCUCAUCAGUCAUAAGUCCUAACGGCUUCGGCCCUGGUCCGGUGCCGUUGCGACUCAACGGUAGCAAAGUUGCCUUCUAG